CGCGAAAAGAAAUUACAAACCAAACAGGUUAAAAUCAACAAGUAAAACAAAAACAUACAAAAAUCAUGUAAAUAUCCACUCAUAGUCUAUAACAAUUAAUACCAUGGAUUUUAAUGAAUCCUUCUGUGUGAAUUUCAAUAGCUACAACUUUUACUUUCUUCAUGGAAGGCAGACCACAAACACUUUGCAAUUAUAUGGCAAAUUAAAACAUGGCAACACAUAUAACUCCUGCACCAUAGAACUGAGUCCAAUCAUAAAACGCAUCUAUGUGAAAGAAAAACCAAGCACAUUUAAAACAGGCACACUGAAAGAUCGAAUAGAAACAGCUCUAAAUAACUCCAUAAAUCACUUAAAAACGUAUUCAAGUCAAGUUGUUCAGAGGAAAACUAUAUACAACAACAAACUGCAAGAAUUUCUGAUGAUUCAAUACCAACUCCCAGAAAAGUUUCACUUUAAUAACAAUCAAAUACCGGGUGAAUGUUGUAUAGAAUAUAUUUCUGGUUUGGAUGAGGAUGUUUUUGAAGCAUUUCUGUUGGAAAAAGGCAUUAAAUGUCCUUGCUGGCUUCAAAUAGAAACAUAUAGUAAAGAUGUGAAAGUAUCUUGUCCAUCAAAACUGAUUUGUCAUCCGAAUGACAUCAGUGUUAUGCCUGAGAAUUCACAAAUUGAAGAUAUACCUUUAUUCAAAGUAUAUUUUCUGGAUAUAGUCAAUAUUGAGAAUGAAAAUUGCAGUACACCGUUUGCAAUUGCUGUUGGAAUUGUUUUAUGGAAUGGAAAAACCUGCAUACAUCAAUCAACAAAAAUAUUUGCUCUUGCAGAAUCACCACAUGUUGAAAAUACUAAUUCUAAUGCAGGUCAGUUGAAAAAUAUACCAAAUUUACAUCUAUGCACUAAAAGUGCUUUGAUAAUUGAGAAUUUAUACAAUAUUCUUGCUGAAGAGAAUGUCAACAUCAUAAUCUUACUUGACAAGUUAAAAUUCACACAUUAUUCGAAUCCGUAUUCACCUGCAAUUCGAAAUAUUUUUAACCACAACAUCAUCAUGGAUAUAAAACAAGCCGCCGAAGAAUUCUACCCGAAUUUAUUACCCCAUGAACAACAUUUGUAUGAAUAUUUCCUAAACGAUACGAAUUUUAUCAAAAUACCACCUGCACAUUCAAAACAAUUCAACACAGCAAACAUAACCAAACUAAUGUGUGAUCGCAUGAAGAAAUCUGUACAACUUGUUAAUGAAAUGGACGUGAUUUCAACGUAUAUGUUAAUCUCCAACGUGACCGGAUGUCCCUUAAAAGACGUUUGUAGUCACGGACAGUUGAAACGUGUGGAGUGCAUGUUGAAACACGAAUUACACCAGAUUAUAAUACCUGAAACUUUUAUGAAACCUGCAAAGAGUGGAAUCAUGGGUGGGAAGAUAAUCAAACCAAAUGUUGGAUUCUUUGAUAAUUUAAUAGUAAUGUUCGAUUUUAAGUCGUUAUAUCCAAGUGUUAUUAGAGAAUAUAAUCUGUCAUUCACCAGUGGGGAUGGUAAUGUGUUGCCUAACCUCAUGCAUCGAUUAAUACGCAUGCGUGAAGCAUUACUUGAAAAAGAACAAGAAAAUGGAGAAAAGUUAAAGAAAAAAUCAACUUUAAAGAGUAAAAUUAUAAAAUCAUUAACAAAUAGUGUCUAUGGAUGUUUAUGCAGUGAAUAUUCAAUCUUUUAUCAUCCGAAACUAGCGAAUAUUAUCACUAAACAUGGCCGCAAUCUUUUAACAAGUAUAGAACAUGAAAUUCCGCCUGCUUUAGAAGCAACUGUCAUUUUUGGUUUAACUGACAGUAUAGCCAUUGAAUUAUACUCAACAAUAAACUAUGAAGAUGCUUUGAAAAAAGCUGUCAAAUAUCAAGAAUAUGUCAACAGUCGCCAUAAUUACAUCCGACUGAAACUAGAAGGAGUAUUUUCACAUGGGAUUAUCUUUGGGAAACAAGAAUACGCACUGCGAUAUCACAAUUCAUAUAAAAAUCAGCCUGGAAAUGAAGAUAACUGGAUGAUAAAAGGCAUUCUACGAAAAACUACACCACGCAUAAGUCAAGAACUAUUCCGCUACUUCCUCGAACGGAUCGUGGUCAAACAACCGCGGUUCAUCCGAACAAACGAAUUCCUCACCGCGAUGCAGACAAAGUUCACCAGCGACGAUGUGAAUGAUUAUGUGGUGCAUAUUCAGCUUCAAAAUGCGCCGGAAACAUACACAACGCAAACAAUGUAUGGGAAUAUAAUACGACGAAGAAAUCUUCAAAGUUGCCUGGGUUACAGUCAACACGACACGGUCUCUUGUUUGAUUUGUGACGAUGGCACUGACAAUGCGUAUAAUAUGCGCGCGUAUGAUUUGGAAGAGUUUCUAGCCCUCGGGCUGCGCAUAGAUAAAAAUUAUUACAAAGAGAAACAAGUUUUGAAGUUGCUGGAGAAGAUAUUAAGCGCUGCGCCACAGUAUGUCAACGUUGAUAGUGUUUUAACGUUUUUAAAACCUAGAACGUUGAGUGAUGGUGUCAGGACUUUACCGGCGCGUUAUAGACAUGAUAACAUUUUGCCGUUUCACUUCCGUUGUUUGAAAUGCUCGACGCAUGUGGUCGUAAACCAGCGCUGGAGUUACGAGUGUUUUGUGACUUGUCCUAAUUGUCAUGCGUUGUUUAUGGACGAUGCUCAGGCGGAUGAAAUAUGCGCAACAGUGGAAAAUACCAUCAAUGAGUAUCGCAGAUUGGUGUCGGCUGCAGAGAAGUUGACCUUGGUGAAAGGGUCGUUGCGUAAAAUGGCGGAGGAUAAUGUAGCUUGCAUGAAAGUGCAGAGUUUUAAGCAGAUGGCGCUGUGGAAGGAGGUUAUAUUAUCCGUAGGAUUUACACUUGAAUGGUUUGCAGGUAAUCAUAUUUUUGAUGGUGAUAAUGAUAAAAUAAGACUUUUUACACUCUUUAAGAGGAUAUUAUUGUUGUUGGAUGAGUAUUUUGAACGUGAUAAUAAUUUACAAAUGCAAUUUGUUGAUUUUGGUAAGUUAUAUUUGUGCGAUGAUGAGAAUAAAGUUGCCUAGGUUAGA